GGGGUGCAGCGUCCGGCGGCGGCGGCGGCGGCGGCGGCGCGGGAGGGGCCGGGGGUGGACAAAGCCGAGGCCGAUGAAUGGGGCGCGUACGCCUCCGCGGCCGUGGGGUCCCCGCGGAAGGAGCAACCGGGGCCUCGUUUACACGUCUCAGGGAGCACACGAGACGCUUCUCAUCUCUGCACGGUUCUGAUGCUUCUCGGUUACCGUGCGUGUUUCUGGGUAUGACAUUCAAGUGUCCUGGGCUGCGGGAGCACAGGCGCUGUGACCGUGGUCAGUCUGUCCUCCCUGCCUGCGUGUCCCUGCCCGGCCUCAGCUCCUCCUUCCCAGCUCUGCUCUCAUUCGUUCCCGCCUUCCCUGGGAGGACUGCCGGGCGCAGGCACACGGGGGCGCCUCCGACUGUCCCUCAGCAGCGCUGUUUCCUCCUGAGCUUCUCUGCACGAGGCAUGCGGCUGAGAGGUGACGGUCAUGCUCCUGGUUACCGCUCCAUGUUUAAGGCACUGUUUAAAUCCCAGGACUUGAUGUAAGCUGUAGGAGGCAUCGUUUCUGCUUACAGUUGGUGUCUCACUGAAUUCAACUGCACGGAAUCCCGCCCCAACCACCCCGCAGCCUCCCGGCUGGCCUCCCUGCAGUGUCCAGUGACGGCAGGCUUCCUGUCAGAGCCUCGGCCCCUUCCACUUCCCUGUCUUUCCCUCCCUUCUCCCUUAGGCUUCGUCAACGCCUGAUUUUCAUCACUCAGGGGUAUUUAGAUCACUUCUAGUUAACUAUCUGAUGUGUGCUUUUGGCAGCUGGUAUCCUGGAAGGCAUCGUGAGGAAUGAAAGAAAGUCAUUUCUUUUCCUUCCUCCUGUUUCCGAGGUAGAGGGCCCAGGAGAGCUGGAGAUGCCUGCCUCUGCGGAGGUUCCUCACCUCUCUCCUCUCACCUGGCGCUGUUCUACCUGCUGGGGCCACGCUGCAGGGUCGUGGUGGGGAUGGACAGAGAAGAAGGCAGAGUGCGCUCUCCAAGGAAGAGCACAGGCAGGCAUAGGCAAGGGUGAUGGGCAGUGUGAGAAGUGCGUUCUCGGAAGACCACUUGGAGAGGAAAGGACCUUUGCGUCCCGUGCCGAGGGGUCCGGGGGUGGCGGAGCAGAGACCCUGCGUGAGAAGCGGCAGUGAGGCGCGGAGCCCGGCCCCGGCGUUCGGGCCAUGUCCUGUCGUGAGGCCCGUCACCCGCCUUGCUCAGGUGUUUACCCUGCUCGUGUUCCGCUCUCCUUCGGGUGCAGGCCUUGCGGCAGCCACCUGCCCCCUAGCAAAGUCCGUGCACCCCAGAAACCGGAGAUGCUGGGCCUGGGCGGGGCGUCCCCUGCUGACCUUGGGCACUGCCCGCCAUGGCUCCUCCAUCCGAUCGGCCCUGCCCUGCCCGCCCCAAGCCCGCAGGCCUAAACAGAGGGCCCAUCCUCACCCAGGGCCCAGUGACUGAGCCUGCCCCGUGGUCAGCCUGCCGGGAGGGGGCAGCCCGGGGCGUGUGCCGUUUGGAGUGGGAGUUCGGGUGCCACGUGGACGCACGCAGACACUUGAACCACGUCCAGCGGCAGCCCGUCAGACUUGUGGCUGGUGGGGCCGCCCAGAGUAGGCACUGGCAGAGCGUGGAGGGCCCUCGAAGCCAGAGUGGAGCUAGCCCGGCGGCCCUGGUCUGUGACCCGGAGCGCCUCUGGGUGGACAGGGGCCGCAGUCCUGCACGGAGCCCAUGUGCUGCUCGGGCCGCAUCAGGGUGCCCCGCCGUGUCUCCAGGAGGUAGCUGCGGGCCUAGGUCUCUGAGUUCAGCCCCCGCAGUGUGCUCUGGCCUCCAUCCGGCUCUCGGGCUCCGCCCGGCCAGUUCUGCGUGGUGGCUUCUCUGCACGUGAGGCAGCUCCUCCCCGGGAACGUGUCAGCCGUGGCUCUGCACCCUCCGCAGGUGCGGCUCGCUCUCAGUGUGGACCGGCUCUGCACCAGUAGCCUUGGUGGGAAGGCUGCCACGUCCGAGGGCGAGGCCGCCCGGGUGCAGGGUGGCGCCGGUGCCCAAGCUGUGCCUGGCAGCUCCCGGGAGCCCGGGGCUCGGGCUGCAGGCCGAUGUGCGUGUGUCCUGAAGGCUGGGUGGUGGGCUGGGAGCAGGUCCAGGUGCCGCUGCUCCGGCCCUGAGCUGGAGCGCUGGCGCGUGUCCCCCACCCGUGCUUUCGGACUCUCCGAGGAGACAGCAGGGGUCACAGCACGUUUCCACUGAGCGUCCUUUUCUUCUCAGAAGAGGCAGUCCAGUGGUUUGGACUCACGCUUCAGCACAUUGCCUGCGAAGGCCCGGGUUCAGUCCCCAGUCAGAGACCCAAGGUCCUGUGGGCUGCAUGCCACCCACCGCCCCCCGACGGAAGAAGAGAGACACAGAGGCACGUUCUCGCCCCAGCACUACGGCCGUGGAGGGAGUGAGCGGUCAUCCUCGUGGCAUUUAGCGGCCAAGCCGCAGUCCGGUUUCCCCACUCGGGACAUUGACUUUUUGAAGAGACUAGGCCAGUUGUCUUGCAGAAAUGUCCCUGUGUUCUGGGUCUGUUUGCCAUUUUCUGCUUUGCCGUUGACAGUUGGCCCUUGAACAACACGGCGGGCAGUUGGGGGCCGCCCUCCGCAGGCUCGGCCGUCUGAGGAUAAGUUGCAGCUGGCCCCCGAGGCCCGGCUGCUCCCACCCGCAGGCGCCACCCGCCGGGGACCCUGCGUCUUCAGGCGGCGGUGCUGGGCGUCCUGUGCGCCGCCCUCAGACUGUCCUGUCGGGACGGCCCCGCUCUGUCGGGCUGUUCCUCCCCCUGCCUUUCACGUGCGUUUCCCUCGCCUGUGACACGCGAGGAAGGCGGGACGCUGUGUCUUCUCCCCUCAUCACCCCUUUCCGGGGGCAGGGGCUGCAGCAUCCCCCCUCCGCGGCAGAUGUUUUCCUUUUUCCUUUGAUUCUUUGAGUAUCAGUGCAGACUAGCAGAUUUAUCAGUUACAUCGUAGUCCGCUGAAAUCUCCUCUCUUUGUCAUAGCGCUCAGAUUGUCAUGGCCGACUUGUGGGAGCCCCGCGGAGCUGGCUCCUGGCACGUCCUGGCGGCAUGUCCGUUCUGCAGCCGUGCUCUACAUUUGCAGAGCUGCAGGCGGCUCCUUCUGUGGGCGCUGUGGUCCCCUCCCGGCAGGAGGGUGUUUAGAAACCAGAAUCCAGGGCCCAGUGGUCUGUGUAUGUAUUGCGCUUUCCCGGUGGCUCAGCUGGUAAAGAAUCCUCCCGCAACGCAAGAGACCUGGGUUUGAUCCCUGGUUUGGGACAAUCCCCUGGAGAAGGGAAGGGCAACCCACUCCAGUAUCCUUGGCUAGAGAAUCCCAUGGACAGAGGAGCCUAGCGGGCUACAGUCCAUGGGGUCGCAAGAGUUGGACGAGACUGAAGCGCCUGGGAUGCACCAUAAAACCUUGCUGUCAGACUCGUGACGGUUUCCUUUCCCUCGCGAGUGACCGUGGUCUUUGCCUGAACGGCCUUCUCGAGUCCGGAGGUUUUCCUAGGCUGUACCUGCGUGCUCACUGUCACGAGCGUAUCUGACGGAGACCCUGGUUGUCGGACGCCUCCUGCGGACCCUGGUCUGUGUCUGCUCCCCGCAGACUCCGCUCCUGCCCCCCCGCUGCAGCCACGCGUCUCACCUCUUUGUGAGUCUGUCUCAUAGGUCCAUCCGUGUCCCCGUGUUCAUAGCCACAUCCCUUCCCGCACGCGUGUCUUCUGUCCACCGCCCCCAGCCCCUCGGACCCCCAGCGUUCCAGGAACAGCGGCCGGUUUGCCCCUUGUGCCUCAGACACGUUUCUCACCCUCUCUGUGCCCGUGUCCUUUGGAGUAAAAGGAGACACGUCCCACUAAACCUUCCUUGAAAGAUUGUCAUGUGGCUCAAGUGAGCCCCCGCGGGCUGAGCAGGCAAAAGCGGGCCCGCAGGAAGCAGUCCACGCCAUCACCCCAGGCUCUAGCCCCAAGAGUCUUCAGAGAGCCUCAGGGUCAACCGAGAAUGGGACGUUCGCCUUGAAGGGAGAAGAGCUGGUUCCUCCCAGACCAGAGAGGAACAGGACAAGGUUGUCCAGGACAGAGGUGGUGUCCAGGCCAGCCGGAUGGCAGGGAGCUCAAGGCCGCCGACCUUGCCCUAUGACCUUUCCAUGGAGGCCUGAAGACCUCUGUCACACAGACGCCCGUGGCUUGCCCUUCAGCCUUGCGGAGCGUCUCAUCAGGAGUAGGAGCAGAGAAGACACUAAAUGCAUUUCCUCAUCCAGUGACCUACGGUUUUCCUCCCGUUUUCUGUGAACCUGGUGCAUUCUGUUGGUUGAGUUUUUAACGUUAAACCAAACGUUCUUCUGAUACAGCCCACUUACUCGUGGCCUGUUACCUUUGGUGUGGUGCUGAAUGUGAUUGGUUAACUUUCUAAGAACUCGCUGCAUUUUCUUACGGCUCUUCUGUGAUCACGGGGCUGUGACUCUGGUUCUUCUCCCAUGACAUCUCUGUGGCCGCGUGGCUCCACCUCAUUAAAAGAGUUGGGGAGUGUUUCAUCUUUUAUUUUCUGGAAGAGUGUGUUUCACCAGUAAUUUUUUUUUUCCUCUAACGUUUGGUGAAAUUCACCAGUGGAACCAUCUUGACCUGGAGUUUUAAGAGAAGGGUUUUAACUUCAUGUUUAGCUUUUGGACCAGGUAGAGAGCCGUUGAGGCUGUCCCUUCAGUGUGAGGCCAACGUCAUGACCGCCGCACGACCGACGCCUGUCUCUGGAUAUGUUAAUGUCUAGGUCCAUUUGUGUUGCUGCAGUAGCAUUAUUUCAUUCUUUCUAAUGGCUGAGCAGUCCUCCGUUAUAUCGUAUCACACCUUCUUUGUCCAUUCAUCUGCUGAUGGAGGUCCGGGUUGCUUCCACGUGUUGGCCGCUGCGGAUGGCGCUGCUGUGGGCACUGGGGUGCUUGUGUCUUUUCAGGAUUUUAUUCUUAAAUAAAUGCUCAGCCUCAGGCCUGGUUAGGCAGACAUCAGAAGAAGGCAGAUCGCAGGCCCCUCAUCCGUGGGAGCAGUGGGAUGGCCCAGGGAGGCAGAGACUCCAAGAAGAUGACGCAGAAGGAGCACCGUGCCAUCGAGUCAGCAGCGUUCCCGCGUCUGAGACCAGCAGGUCCACCCCGCGUGAGCACACGUCUGCCCCGAGAUGCAUUUAGCAGGAGAACUCCGGGAGCACUACGGUCUGCGCCGUGAGGGGACACGCUCAUGAGUUUGUCCGUCCACUCCUCAGUGAGAUUCAUGCUUACCCAUAUUCGUAAACAUCCCAAGAGAUAAGAGUUCUUUGGCCAGAACUGAAUAGUUAUGGUCAGUCAUGGAGAACCGCUGGGAGCCUCGUCCCCAAGGGGCAGGUGAUUCGGAGAAUACAAACUUGAAAAUAGAGGAAGAUGACCCUCAAACCCCUAGUCACAGUGUGGAGAGAAUGGACUUUGGAAGUGAGCCGGAGGACGGGAGGCAGGCGGGCUGCAGCGAGGAGCCGGCGGCGGGCGGUGCGGAGGGCUGUGCGGGCCAGCCCCCCGGGCGGGGCGCCUCCCCCGAGCCUGAGGACGACUACGGGGCGCUGCUGGCGCAGUACGGCAGCACCCUCUACAGCGUGGCCAUGGAGGCCGUGACGCAGAGCCUGCUCUCCGGCCGCGGCCUGGGCUCCAGGAAGAAGUCCCCGGCCUGGAAGCACUUUUUCAUCUCGCCGCGGGACAGCACCAAGGCCGUGUGCACCUACUGCAUGAAGGAGUUUAGCCGCGGCAAGAACGAGAAGGACCUGAGUACCAGCUGCCUGAUGAGGCACGUGCGGAGGGCGCACCCCACCGCGCUGGCGGGGGACCCCGCCCCGGCGCCACGCCCCGCUCCCACGCCCACCGACCCCGAGGGCCCGUGCCCCGGCUUCUCAACGGGCCCGCUGGUCCCCCGGGCGGCCUCCAAGGGCUCGGCUCCCCUCCAGCGGAAGGAGGAGGCCAGCUCUGCAGUUUCUUCCGAGGAGGCUGCCUCUGAUAAGCUGGCCUCGGAGAGGUACGGCCGGGACGAGCGCCCUCCGAGGCAGCCCCCGCACGCGCCCCCGCUGCACUGCCGUGAGCCUGCCGAGAACGGAGCGGAGAAGAACCCGCCGCUGCCGCGGAGCGCGUGCGGGUCCCGCCGCAGGUCGGCCGUCUGGAAGCACUUCUACCUGUCGCCGCUGGACAGCUCCAAGGCCGUGUGCAUCCACUGCAUGAACGAGUUCAGCCGCGGCAAGAACGGGAAGGACCUGGGCACCAGCUGCCUCAUCAGGCACAUGUGGCGGGCGCACCGCGCCAUCGUGCUGCGGGAGAGCGGCGGGGGCCCUGGCGCACAGCCUCCCGGCCCCGCGCCGCCGCCCCUGGGGCCCGCCCCGCCGCCUCCCGACACGGAGCCCGGCCCCCUGCCGGCGUCUCCGGGGAGGGCGCUCCAGGACCCCGCCUCCGCAGCCUCCUCCCCCGACCGGCCGGCGGAGGAGCCGCCCUCGAUCUGGGGCCCUGGCGGCGCGCCGUCCCCCUCCUCUGACGCGGGUGAGGCCUCCUGGGGGUCGUCUCCUGAGACGCAGCCGGGCGGCGCGCCGAGCCCGCGGCUGCGGGAGCCGGGCGCCGUGUUCCAGCAGAACAAGAGGGUGAUGAAGAGGCUGAAGUCGGAGGUGUGGCAUCACUUCUCGCUGGCGCCCACGGACAGCCUCAAGGCCGUGUGCAGGCACUGUGGCUGCGCCAUCAGCCGCGGGAAGCGGGGCGACGUGGGCACCAGCUGCCUCAUGCGGCACCUCUACAGGCGCCACCCCGAGGUGUCCGGGGGCCAGAAGGGCUUCCUGGGGGCCGGCCUGGCCGGCUCACCCUACGCCACCCUGGCUUCCGCCGAAACGUCCUCCCGGUUGACGGACCUGCCGACCAUGGUCGCCAAAAACCAUCAAGCUGUGUUUCCCGUCAACAGCAAGAAGACCUCCAAGCUGUGGAACCAUUUUUCUAUCUGCUCGGCAGACCCCACGAAGGUGGUGUGUCUGCACUGCGGCCGGACCAUCAGCCGGGGCAAGAAGCCGACGAACCUGGGCACCAGCUGUCUCCUGCGGCACCUGCAGCGCUUCCACGGCGGCGCGCUGAAGCCCGAGGGGGCCUGGGCCGCCCCGCCCUCCUCGCCCGGCGGCCAGGCGCCCCUGGGCGCGCCUUCCGCAGGCGCCGCCGCCUCUGACGACGGCAGCGAGAAGUUUUACGAUUCUCACCCGGUUGCUAAGAAAAUCACGAGUCUCAUUGCUGAGAUGAUCGCCCUUGACCUCCAGCCGUGCUCGCUGGUGGACAACGUCGGCUUCAACAGGCUGCUGGCGUACUUGAAACCUCAGUACUCCCUGCCCCCGCCGGCCUACUUCUCCAGGACGGCCAUCCCGGGCAUGUACGAGGACGUGAAGCACGUCAUCAUGGCCCACCUGCAGGAAGCCGAGAGCGGCGUGGUCCACUUCACGUCGGGCAUCUGGAUGAGCAGCCAGACGCGGGAGUACCUGACCCUCACGGCCCACUGGGUCACCUUCGAGCCCUCGGCCCGGCCGCACUGCGAGGACCACCACUGCUCAGCGCUGCUGGACGUGUCGCAGGUGGACUGUGACUGCAGCAGCAGCAGCAUCCGGGAGCAGCUGGAGUGUUGGUGGGAGGCCUGGGUGACGUCCAGUGGCCUGCAGGUGGGCAUCACCGUCACCGACAACCCCAGCAUCGGGAAGACGCUGAACGAGGGGGCGCGCUCCAGCGUGCCGUGCUUCAGCCACACGGUCAACCUCAUCGUCAGCGAGGCCAUCAAGAGCCAGAGGAUGGUCCAGAACCUGCUGAGCACUGCCCGGAAGAUCUGCGAGCGGGUGCAGCGCUCGCCCCACGCCAAGGCCAAGCUGGCGGAGCUGCAGCGGGAGUACGGGCUGCCGCCCCACCACCUGCUGCAGGACGUGCCGUCCAAGUGGAGCACGUCCUUCCACAUGCUGGAGCGGCUGCUCGAGCAGAAGCGGGCGGUGAACGCGCUGUCCGUCGAGUGCGACUUCCGGGAGCUGCUGAGCUGCGACCAGUGGGAGGUGAUGCAGUCCGUGUGCCACGCCCUGACGCCCUUCGCUGCCGCCAGCCGGGAGAUGAGCGCGCACGUGUCCACACUGAGCCAGGUCAUCCCCAUGAUCCACAUCCUCAGCCGCAGGGUGGAGAUGCUGUUCCAGGAGACCACGGGCAUCGACGCCAUGCUCCGCGCCCUCAGGGAGGCCAUGGUGAGCCGCCUGUCCGCCUCGCUGCACGACCCCAGGUACGUGCUGGCCACCCUGCUGGACCCGCGCUACAAGGCCUCGCUGUUCUCCGAGGAGGAGGCAGAGCAGUACAAGCAGGACUUGAUCAGGGAGCUGGAAACGCUGGAUCCUACCUCAGAGCCCGCGCCCGUCCCCAACGGCUGCGAGCCGGGCUCCCCGCCCCGAGACUGCGCUGGCGAGGAGAGCCUCUGGGCGCUCAUGGCCAAGCUGAAGAAGAGCGAGCGCAGAGGGCAGCCCAGGGUCCCCGGGGACGUGGUGCUCGCCUACCUGGAGGAGGAGGUGCUGGAGCACAGCUGCGACCCACUCGCCUACUGGAGCCUCAAGAGGGCCGCCUGGCCCGGCCUCUCCGCCUUGGCCGUGCGCUUCCUGGGCUGCCCCCCGAGCAUCGUCCCCUCCGAGCGGCUGUUCAGCACGCCCCCCGAGAACGGCAGCUUCGGCCAGUCCAGGCUCCUGAUGGAGCAUUUUGAGAAACUCAUCUUUCUGAAAGUGAACCUUCCCUUAAUAUGCUUCCAGUACUGAAGAGCCCGCCGGAGCCACCCGGCGAGAACCGGCGUCUGCCCAGGCUGGCGCUCGCCGCAGCUGGCCCUGCGGGACGACAGGCCAGGCGCUCAGGUCCACGGCCGCAGGAGGGGCUGCCCGGCCCUCGCCAUCGCGGCCACACGUGCCUUAACCAGUCCUUCAGGCCAGGUACCACGGUGUGUGUUUUCAGAAGUCCACUAGAAGCAGCUUGUCUCGUCAAUGAUGAAGUAACGAUGAUUAGGUUUUCAUUCGUAACCGUGAAGUUUUUUACAAGUUGGGGAUCAGUAGUUUGUUUCAGUAGAAUGGCAGAGGAGAGGUGAGCAGUUUUAUUCUGUAGGCUUUUUAUUUGAUUAUGUAAAAAUCAGAUCAGGUACUGUACUUUAGUUAAAAAUUGCUUUAAUUGCAACAGAACAGCCUUUGUAGCUGUCAGGUAAAAUCUGUAAAUAGGAGGUGGAGUUGAAGCCAUCUUGACCCAGCAGUUCCUACUGCGGCUCUAAAGGGCGUUGAGGGGGAGAGUGUUCUGGGAGGAAACUGUUGACCAUGACAGAGACGUGGCAUCGGCGACAAGCCCGAGCUGAUACAUGACGCAGGGUCGGUCGCGUAGGGUUUCCGCAGAGAGAGCGCUCCCAUUUCAGGGGUUUGCCCUGGCGCCACGUGGGCGGCUAGCUUGGACACACACCCACGUCCACGGUGCACGCGGUGGGGCUGCUGUCGGCUGGUGCGCGGCCUGACACGUUUACAGCAUCCUGUUGAUGAAUCUCCAAGCCUCUGACUCAGUGGCUCUACACCAUGAAGCUGUCUUGAAAUUUGUGCACUGACCCCCAAAUUGAUCCAAUUAUGUACACAGUUCUUUUUAGAAGAGGUGGCUUAUUAACAGGGAAGAAGAUUGCUAUGUUAUGGUUGUAAGAAUAGCCUUAGGCGUUUAGAUUUUCUUUUAUAAAAUAGGGAAGAUUCAGCCAUCAGUGGGGUAUUUUAGGAUCCCAAGGACAUCAGAAUGGAUUAUCAGUCAUCAGGUUUUUUUUUAACAGUAAUAUGUCUUCAAAGUUUUUGUCUCAGCGUCUAGAAAAGAAUUCAUUUUCUUAUUUCAAACAAGUUAAAUAUUCUGGGUGAAACGAGUCACUGAUUUGCCUAUGACCUUUUAGAAAAGUUGUUGUUUUGUUAAAAUACUGUACUUAUUAUUAAUCUGAAUUUGCAUUGACUGUUUUUAGUGUAUUUAUAAAUGGUGAACUCAGUUUCUGAAAUUAAACUUUUUAUUUGCAAUUUUCUACUGCUGGA